AUGGCUGAUAAUUACGAUUCAGAAAAUACAAAUUUGGUGAGUUCACCGUCCAAGAAGGAAAAGAAAAAACCUGAUUGGAGUCGUUUUGGACUUAGCCAGGAACAGGCAAAGGCUUCUGAGACAUCAUUAAACACUUUCUCAGUUGACAAGAAUGAAGCACUUUAUCAACACACAGAUGGAGGUAAACAUAAUGAAUUGUUUACUGAGGAUCUGCAAUUGUCUCACAAACCAUGGUGGAAAGCCAAUUUUUUCAUCUCGGAGCCAAUUCUGUUUGGGACAUGGGAUGGUGUCUUCACAUCUUGUCUUAUCAAUUUACUUGGUGUUAUCAUCUUUCUUCGAAUGGGAUGGAUUGUGGGCAACACUGGAAUUUGGCUGGCCAUUCUGAUCAUCCUUUUUUCUUGUGGUGUAGUACUCAUCGUCUCCCUCAGUGCUAUUGGCGUGUGUGAACGAUGCAAUAUGGAUGGUGGCGGUGUGUACUUUCUUAUCUCUCAUGUGCUUGGUGGACGUAUUGGUGGAAGCAUAGGAGUCAUUUACUGCUUGUCACAGGCUGCUGGUUGUUCCUUAUCUGUGAUGGGUUUUGGUGAAUCUAUCUUGGGCUUAUUGGGUAGUUCAAAUGCCUGGAUUGCUCGAGGCAUAGCCACUGCUGUCGUGCUGUUACUUUUAGGCAUCAAUGUGGCUGGUGUCAAGUGGGUGAUCCGACUUCAGUUAGUUCUCUUAAUGGUUCUAUUCUUCUCAGUGAUGGACUUUUUAGUCGGAUCUUUUGUCCACACGGAUCCAGAAAAUGGGGUACUGGGUUACUUGGCUGUUAAUCUAAACAACAACAGCUAUCCUGACUUUGUGGAGGGGGAAUCCUUCUUCACCAUCAUGGGUUUAUUCUUCUCCACUGUGACUGGUAUCCUCUCUGGUAUCAACAUGAGUGGAGACCUGCACGAUCCCUUUAACAAUAUACCCACUGGAACUUUAUCUGCACUAGGAGUUUCAACUUUCCUCUAUGUUUCCAUGGCCACAGUUUUGGGUGCUACUUGUACACGAUUUUCUCUUCAGAACAACUAUAUGAUUGCUGAAAAGGUAACUUCAUCCCUUUUUCUUCCUUUUUUUUUUCCUUACAUUAAUAGACCUGAUAAUUACAUUUAG